AUGCGCGGCGCGGCACUCGCGGUGGCGAUUUGCGCGACCUGCGCGGCCCAGUGGAGGGGGCGCAGCGUAAAAAACACGCGGUCCAGCGAAGACGACCCGCUCGCUGCGAAAUUCUCAUGGAUUCCAAGCAACGACGCCUUCGCCCUGAAUAAAAUCGCUCAGGCGUCCCAGAAUAAGGAAGGCGUGGAAUACCUCAUUGAUAAGGAGGGCUACCGACCGCUUCACCUGGCCGCCCAGCAAGGGUUCGUCGAAGUGGUCCCAGAGCUCUUGCGGCUGGGCGCGGACGCGAAUGCACGUCUUUCAGACCUCGCGCCCCAGGGCCGGAUGACGGUUCUUCACGUCGCGGCCUUUUACGGCCGCGUGGAGAUCGUUCGGCAGUUGAUUCGGGACGGAGGCGCCGACAUCGACGCGGGCGCGACAAUUGGAAGUUCUCAUCAUACAGCACUCUGUGUCGCUUUGGACCGCGGCCAUGUCCGCACGACAAAGGCCUUACUAGCUUUAGGAGCGAGCGUCGACGUUACUUGUAAGCAUGAGAUGCCAAACGGCAGCAAGAGGUCAUCACCUCUCCUCGUGGCGGCUGAUAUAUGACGUGUUUGACCAUCCUAGGAGCCGCGCACGCCGCCGCGAAGUCGAAGAAGCUCGAGACGGACGAGGUCCUGGAUAACGUCGCGCGGCACCAGUCCGUUCUCGAGGAAGAGUUGCGGGAACAUCGCGCGGAGAUCGCGCGCCUACGAAUUAGGGAGCUGCCGGAAGAUCUCUGUUGCAGCAUCACGUGUGAAAUUAUGAAGGACCCGGUCAUGUGCGUCGGCGACGGCCAUACCUAUGAGCGUGUGGCGAUCGAACAGUGGCUCGCGACGGGCCGAGGGACAUCGCCCGCGACGAACGAGCGGCUCGAGAACACGUCUCUCGUGACGAAUCACAUGGCGAAGAAGCUGAUCGCCGCAUUGCUCGAGGAGCACCGCCGCCGCGCGAAGUAA